GGAAACCUGCAGCAGAUGUUCUGAUGGUGUGAUGCAGGAACUGGACUCAGGCAGAUCAUCAGCUCUGUGUUGAUCAGUACACACAGAAGGACGUCUGUGGUUCAGAAACAAUGGUGGGCCUGAGGAACCGCUCAACGUGGGAACCACUGCUGCUCAAAGCGUCCUGCAUCAAGUCCUGCGCCAACGGCUGCUCCAUGGGCAUCAGCGCUCAGCUCACCUACGCCAACGCCGGCGUGGAGUCUGUGGAAGGUGUGUUUGUGUACCCUCUCGGGGAGAAGGAGGUCGUGGUGGGCUUUGAGGCUGCGAUGGCGGGUCGGAUGGUCGGGGUUCAGAUCCAGAGCCGGGGCAAGCUGAAGGACUGCUGUCUGGACUGCUGCCCCGGCUCUGGGUCUGGAGCUGGGCCUGGAGUGGAGGGCCUCUGUGGGAACGGCCGGGAGUGGGGCUGCUGCGGGAGCUCCAGCCUGGACAUGCAGUGCACCAACGGUCAUCUGCUCCUGGACGAGGACCUGGAGCGAACCACCUUCAUCGUGGGCAUCGGCGUCAUUGGCCCCAUGGAUAUCGUGUCCGUCGUCAUCAGCACCACACUUGAACUCCCCACGCUGGAAAAUGGAGCGAUCCGGAUCGUCUACCCCACCCUGCUCACCCCCAUCGUCACCGCUCAGAUGACGUCCAGCAGGAGUGAAAAUGGCGGCAAAAUGACUGAAACGGGGGCCACCAGUUGUUUCGGCUCCACCUCAGGAAAGCCUGACCGGGCGUCAGACCCGGAGCAGCAGUGUGUUCACAGUGUUUUCACCAGUCCUGCCGUCAACCUGGCGCCUUACGAGCUCAACUUCCAGCUGCUGGUUCGAGGGGCGUGUCUGCUGGCUGGACUGGAGAGCCCCACUCACGCUCUGAGGGCCGAUGCAGAUCCCAGCGCCCAAAGUGCUUCUGCCACCUACAUCACUCUGGCUCAGGAGCAUCCAUAUGACCGACACAUAGAGAUCAUUCUGCACCUGAGUGAAUCUCACAGCCCGUUGGUCAUCUUGGAGAAAGGCAGACUCUCCUUCAGUGAGUAUGAACAGCUGAUCUGCUCCCGUCGAGACUUCAUCCGCUGCACCCGCAAGGACCCAGAUCCCGAGAGAAAGCUGGAGUUCGUGAGGAAACGAUACCACAAGGACGUCCUGAGCAGCCCCGUCCUGAUGCUGAACUUCUGUCCCGACUUGCUGAGCGAACAUCUGGAGCUGCACAGAGCCACCAGGGAGCUGCUGUUCCUGGUGGACCGCAGUGGCAGCAUGAGCGGCACCAACAUCCACCGAGUGAAGGACGCCAUGGUGGUGGCUUUGAAGAGCCUCCCUCCAGGGACCAUGCUCAACAUUGUGGGCUUUGGGACCACCAUCAAACCCCUGUUUACCUCCAGCAAGCUCUGCACCGAUGUAACUCUAAUGCAGGCCUUUGAGUACGUGCAGAAGAUGAGAGCUGACAUGCGGGGCACCAACCUCCUGGGCGCACUGUCCUGGCUUUACCAGCAGCCCAUGCAGCGCUCUUAUCCCCGUCAGGUCUUCAUCAUCACUGACGGAUCCAUCGGCAAUGUGGCCAAAGUGUUGGAGCUGGUACGCAGAAAUGCAUGUUCUGGAAGAUGCUUUGGAGUGGGCCUGGGUCCCAGGGCCUGCAGGAGGCUUCUGCUGGGUGUUGCCAAACUGACAGGAGGGACCACCGAGUUCUCAGACGAUGAGGAGAGACUCCAGCCCAAGUUGAUCAAGUCGCUGAAAAAGGCCUUCGAGCCCGUGCUGACUGACGUGCGGAUCGACUGGUACCUGCCAGAAAACAUGGAGGCUCUCCUGUCGCCCAGCGAGAUCCCCCCCCUGUACCCCGGGGACCGGCUGAUCGGAUACUGCACGCUCUACGACAUGACGCUCUUCAAGACGAAGCAGGCCGAGUCUGGAGGACGGGACUAUAAGGGUUUGCACGGCGGCUCCUCGGGCUCCGUGUUCGGACAGUCCAACGACGAGCUCUCGCCUCCUCCCGCCUCAGAGCUCAUGCCCGUGGUGACGUGCGCAGACGGCGCCGACCUGGAGGAGGCGCUGAGGGAAAUCUCCAGAGAAAUCUCCUCCGAGUUCUCCUGUGCCAGAGACACUGACCCCGGCACGGAGCCGGACGGGUCCAGCGACGUGAGGAGGAGGAUCCAGGAGACCUCCUACAUCCAGGAGCAGUACAUCCUCACCCGCUGCUCCCUCAGCAGCGAGCGCAGUCUGCAGACACAGUCCCAAUCACACAUCCACGCCUCCACUUCCGACUCCGCCGGCGGGGGCUUCAGGUCGGACUCCCACUCCUCCGGGGGGGUUCUGGAAACAGGCUCUCUGCCUCAGGGCCUGGAGAAGAUGCCUCCUCCAGAACAGAGGUCUUCUCUGUCUCGAUGGGCUGACUCGGCAUGGCAGCAAAACCUUUCAGCGGACACGCCUGAAAACGAGACCAAAAAGCCGGAGCGUCUGGAUGGAGCUGAAGAGUCCCGGAGGAGGCAGAAAGCUCUGGCCCGAUCCACCAUGGCGGCCCGGAGCUUCUCCUCGCCUCAGGGGGAGCUGGAGAUGCACCGGCUGAGGAGGGCUCUGGAGCGGGUCUCCUUCGACCAGACUCUGGGGGGGAAGCUGGAGGAGAGUGACGCGGAGACCAAACCGUCAUCAGGAGGAACUCUGUCCCACAGAAGUCUCACUGACUCCAACGGCCUCCUGUUCCCCGCCUCCCCUCUGGACUGGGACAGCUUCACCGACCCGGAGUACCUCUUCACCGCCGCUCCGUCCCACGAUCCUCCUCCGGGUCAGUGCCGCUCGCUGAUCCACGGCAUGCUGAGCGGCCGGCCCGUGUCCUGGGAGGUCACCGUGGACCUGGGACACCUCUGGACCCCCGAAGGCCAGGAGCUCCCCGAGGCCGAGGCGUGGGCCGGAGGCCAGUGGGAGGGACGAGGGGGGGACCGGUGGGAGGAGAUCAUCCACCAGCUCACGGCUCGCUCGGUGAUCAGAGACUUCGAGAAGAUGGCUGAGAAAGACGCCGGACACGGUUCGACCAAGCGAAACCGUAUGAAGGCGAUCCAGACAAGUAAGCACUGCAACAUCAUCUGCAUGUACACCACCUUCACCGCCACCGACGGCAGCCCCAGUAAACCCGACGGCACGGACCCCCAGAGCACAGGGGUACAUCUGGGCAGCCGGCCGGCCUCCCAGUCGGGCAGUCGGAGGCAGCGGUCCUUCUCAGUGGGACUGGGCCGCAGACGGACCAGCAGAGACAGCCAAGAGGCAGAGGACGCCUGGGACUCUGCAGAUAAAGAUGACACUCCCGCUUCACCCUGUAGCGUUGCAUCCUGGGACUCUAAUGUGGGAGCAGGAGCCUACUGUCCCACAUCGCCUGCUGUCCACGGGGCCUCCGGCACUCGAUCACAUCGGUCGAUUGAGAGCAAGUCAAUGGAAAGCUUCUUCGGCAACAAGUUCCCACUGGGAAGACUCAGGUCGUCGUUUUCAUCGGGAAAGCAGGUUCCUCUGAAGUCCCACUGUUUAUCUGCAGAGACGGAGAAACCAGCUGAAAGCGAAGCUCCGGAUUACCUUCCUCUGGUGCGUCUCCAGCUGGCUUCGGGAGCCUUCCUGCUGACGGAGACGUACUCGGAGUGCGUGCAGAUCCCUCUGGACCGCCUGCGACGGGCCUCGCCGUACGGCCUCCACCGCCGCAGCCUCAGCCCGGCGUUCCGCUGCGCCUCCCCCAGCGCUCCGUCGCUGUCCACCUCCUCCAGGCCCCCCGGAGCGCCCGGCCAUCACGUCACCUUCUCGCCUUCCUCCUGCUCCCUCUCCAGACCCGACGACGCCCCGCUGACGCUGGAGCCCAGGUUCCGCCGGAGAUACCGGUCGGACCGAGAGCCGGUGGCCUCUCCCGACCCGCCCAGCUCGGAGGAGGGCUCCCAGGAGCCGGCCCGGGUCCAGAGCCAGAGCCGGGGCCAGGCCGACAGCGGCCGCGGCUCCGAGACCGACCUGUACGAGAGCUGGCCGGCGGAGCCCGGCGGCGGCAGCCAGCUGGCCCUGGAGGACCUGGAGGGCUCCAGCUGGGCCACCGCCGUGGCCCUGGCCUGGCUGGAGCACCGCUGCGCCGGCUUCUUCAUGGAGUGGGAGCUGGUGGCGGCCAAAGCCGACCUGUGGCUGCGCUGCCAGGAGCUGCCCGAGGGAGUGGACCUGGCCGGGCUGAGGGGCGCCGCCAGGCAGCUCUUCCUGCUGCUGCGCCACUGGGACGAGAACAUCAAGCUCAACAUGCUGUGUUACAACCCCAACAACAUGUGA